UCCCCCUACCAAACAUCCUUCCAGCCUCAGUGCACAGUGGAGCUGCAAUGUAAUAGUUAGACAACAUUUAAUCUAAUUAGUCGUUAUAAGUUAUUCAGAUGGCAAUGUAAGCUGGUUUUGCACAAGUUUGUUGGUGAAUCCAGUCGGUAGAUAACUCUUAUAAUCUUUGGCUUCCUCAUCGUUAACGUUAGUGCAAAGGUAGCCUCGACCUGCAAGGUGAUAUUCGCUUACAGCAGCAGAGAAACAUAUGCUUUUAUAUUAAGUUAUAUUUGUUUAAAACACUAGUCCCCUGCAGAUGCCUCGUUUGGGAAAGUCAAAUGGCAAAGAGAGAAAAAGACCUAAAUUAGACUGGACGUUUAUUCAGAGGUUCUGCAGCAUUCAGAAGGUCCUGUUCCCAUCAUGGACCAGUCAAAGUGCCCUGAUGUUUGGGACGCUGCUUGCGGUCACUCUGACAGAGCAGCUGAUCAUUUACCAAGUGGGUGUCCUCCCCAGUCACUUCUACAGUGUGCUGGCAGACAAAGAUUACUCAGGCUUCCAGAGUCUGGUGGGCACAGCUAUGGUGCUCAUCUUGCUCAACUCCACGUUGAAAAGUAUCGACCAGUACAUUUGCAAUCAGAUGUAUGUUAGCUGGAGGAGGAUGCUAACUGAGAGCCUCCAUACAUCCUACUUCCAGGGCCGAGUCUAUUACACACUAAAUGUACUGAGAGAGGAAAUAGACAAUCCGGACCAGCGUAUCAGUCAGGAUGCAGAGAGGUUGUGUAAGCAGAUGAGCACCAUGGCUAGUCGUUUGAUUGUAUCACCGUUCACGCUGGCUUACUACACCUACCACUGCUUCCAUAGCACUGGCUGGAUUGGUCCUGUGAGUAUCUUUGGCUACUUUGUGAUUGGGACCAUUGCCAAUAAAAUCCUCAUGGGGCCGAUUGUGUCGACUCUGUAUGAGCAGGAAAAACUGGAAGGGGACUUCAGAUUCAAGCACAUGCAGAUCCGUGUUAAUGCAGAGUCUGCAGCUUUUUACAGAGCCGGUAAAGUGGAGCACAUGAGGACCGAUCGCAGACUGCAGACUCUGUUACAAACUCAGAAGAGUCUAAUUAACAAAGAGCUCUGGCUUUAUAUCGGGGUAAACACAUUUGACUACCUUGGAGGUUACCUCAGCUACAUUAUAAUCGCCAUUCCCAUCUUCACCGGUAUCUAUGAUGGUCUCACUCCUGGUGAUCUCAGUGCACUCAUCAGUAAGAACGCCUUUGUGUGCAUCUACUUGAUAAAUGGCUUCACGCAGCUAAUAGACCUGUCAACCACUCUGUCAGAUGUGGCUGGAUACACCCACAGGAUUGGGGAGUUGAGGGAGGUGAUGGAUGACAUCCUACGCGAGCAGUGUGACUAUGACCCGGCAUCAGGGGAAAGCUACGACUUUGACAGUGACUUCAACAUCCAUGGGGGCCCUGCGGACACGGCCUUCAUCCUGGACCAUCUUUCAUACAAAUCUCCUUACUCAGACAAGCUACUGGUGGAGGAUCUGAGUCUGAAAAUCAGCCAGGGAACAAAUCUACUGGUGGUGGGAAACACAGGCACCGGCAAGACGUCACUACUGAGGGUCCUUAACCGGCUCUGGGAGGCACACAGCGGUUUUGUCCACAUGACCACAUGCUUCGGGCCCAGAGGAACCGUCUUCCUGCCACAGAGACCUUACCUGACUGAUGGCACACUGCGUGAACAGGUGAUCUACCCAUUGAAGGAUAUCUACCCUGCAUCAGGGUCAGCUGAUGAUGACCGAAUUAUACAAUUCCUAGAACUAGCUGGAGUGUCGAGUCUCCUGAAGCGCACAGGCGGGCUGGACGAAAAGGUGGACUGGAACUGGUAUGAUGUUCUGUCUCCAGGUGAAAUGCAGCGUCUCUGCUUUGCUCGUCUCUUCUACCUGCAGCCCCAAUAUGCAGUGUUGGAUGAGGCCACCAGUGCUCUGACGGAGGAGGCGGAAGCACAGCUGUACUGGACCUGUAAACAGCUCGGCAUGACUUUGGUCAGUCUGGGACACCGCAGCAGCCUGGAGAAGUACCAUGAUGUCCAGUUGAAACUAUGUGGAGAAGGACUAUGGGAGUUAACAAAGUUAAAAGGAGGCAGCAAAAGCACCAAAGAAGAAGAACUGUGACUGCAG